UACGCAAUUUCUCAUGUUUCCUCCCAUAUGACAAACAAACGGCAUGAGUUUGUUAAAUUUUGGUUUUACCAGCAAUAAUGCUCGAAAAGGAACGACAAAUAAAAGACUACGCGAGGAACAGGAAGCUGGGGACUCGGAGUGUGAUCAAAAUAACAAUUCCAAAGACGGAACCUAUGACAAGAAGAGAGUUCGUGAAUUUCAAAGCCACUGGCGUGAUGAAAGGCCGUGGCUUGAUUACAAUGACGAUACGAAAACGAUGUUUAGUUCAUUUUGUCAAAGUUUUCCUAUAACAGCAGACAGGUCAAACGCAUUAACUAGAGGAACAACAAACCUGAGAAUCGAACCUAUAAAAAUCCACGAGAGUACCCCUGAACAUUUUUCUUGUCACAGAUUAUGGUUGAAGAACAAGGGGUUUGAUGUACCAAAAGCCAAACUAGCUGACACAACACUAGGAAAGGCCAUCAUAAAAAAGAAGUGUACACCAGAGCAAGCCAACAGAUAUGCUGUCCUUUUCAAUACAGCUUAUGGUGUGGCCAAGCAAGGAAAACCUUUCAGUGAUUUUCUUAAUACAGCUUAUGGUGUGGCCAAGCAAGGAAAACCUUUCAGUGAUUUUCUUUAUAGCUUAAAAGUGCAAAUUCUGAAGGUGUAUUGA